AUGUCGUCUACAGCAUUCAUAGAACCCCUGCCUGUGAUCGAGUUUGUAGCUCAAGUUUUGGGCAAAGAUGUGUCCUUAAGGACGAUGUCUGAUGCUGAUCGUGUUAAGAUCAAGAAGGCUCUUAGAGGUGUAAAAGUUGAAGUCACUCAUAGAGGAAGCGUACGAAGGAAAUAUCGAGUUUCAGGAUUGACAUCUCUUCCUACUAGAGAGCUGAUUUUCCCAGUUGACGAACAAAACAACAUGAAAUCUGUGGUUGAAUACUUCAAAGAAAUGUAUGGCUUUACAAUUCAAUAUUCUCACCUGCCUUGCCUUCAAGUAGGAAAUCAAAAGAAGGCAAAUUAUCUGCCAAUGGAGGCAUGUAAAAUAGUUGAAGGACAGAGAUAUACAAAGAGAUUGAAUGAAAAGCAAAUUACUUCCCUGCUAAAAGUUACCUGCCAGAGGCCCAGAGAACAGGAGAUGGAUAUACUGCAGACAGUUCAUCAAAAUAGUUAUGACCAAGAUCCUUAUGCAAAGGAAUUUGGAAUCAGCAUCAGCGACAAACUUGCCUCCGUCGAAGCUCGAGUUCUUCCAGCUCCUUGGUUAAAAUAUCAUGAAACUGGAAAAGAAAAGGAGUGUUUGCCUCAGGUUGGACAAUGGAAUAUGAUGAACAAGAAAGUAAUAAAUGGUUGCACUGUAAACCACUGGGCUUGCAUCAACUUUUCACGUAGCAUUCAAGAAAGCACUGCUCAUGGAUUCUGUCAAGAGCUAGCUCAGAUGUGCCAAAUAACUGGCAUGGAAUUUAACAGAGAUCCCAUAAUACCAAUCUACAAUUCAAGGCCUGAACAAGUAGAGAAGGCCCUUAAGCAUGUCUAUAAUGCUGCAGUGAACAAAUCGAAGGGCAAGGAGCUAGAACUUCUUAUAGCAAUCCUUCCUGAUAACAAUGGUUCUCUGUACGGUGAUCUCAAAAGAAUAUGUGAAACAGAUUUGGGUUUGAUAUCCCAGUGCUGCCUGACAAAACAUGUAUUUAAGAUAAGCAAGCAGUACCUAGCAAAUGUAUCGCUUAAAAUUAAUGUCAAGAUGGGAGGAAGAAAUACUGUACUCUUAGACGCCAUUAGUUGUAGAAUUCCCUUGGUCAGUGACAUACCGACGAUAAUAUUUGGAGCAGAUGUAACUCAUCCAGAGACUGGGGAGGAUUCUAGUCCAUCUAUUGCUGCGGUUGUUGCCUCUCAAGAUUGGCCUGAAGUUACAAAAUACGCUGGAUUAGUAUGUGCUCAGGCUCAUCGACAGGAACUCAUUCAGGAUCUAUACAAGACGUGGCAGGAUCCCGAACGGGGGACAGUUACAGGAGGCAUGAUCAGGGAGCUUCUGAUCUCCUUCAGGAAGGCUACUGGACAAAAGCCAAUGAGGAUUAUCUUUUACAGAGACGGCGUUAGUGAAGGGCAAUUCUAUCAGGUCCUGCUAUAUGAAUUAGAUGCCAUUCGUAAGGCAUGUGCAUCAUUAGAGCCAAACUACCAGCCUCCAGUUACCUUUGUCAUAGUCCAAAAGCGCCAUCACACGAGGCUGUACGCAAACAACCACAAAGAUAGAAGUAGUACUGACAGGAGUGGAAACAUCCUACCAGGGACAGUGGUUGAUUCCAAGAUAUGCCAUCCUACUGAGUUUGACUUCUACUUAUGCAGUCAUGCUGGAAUUCAGGGAACUAGUCGGCCAGCACAUUACCAUGUUCUAUGGGAUGAGAACAAUUUCACUGCAGAUGAGAUGCAAACGCUGACAAAUAACCUAUGCUAUACGUAUGCUCGCUGUACCCGUUCUGUUUCUGUUGUGCCUCCUGCGUAUUAUGCUCAUCUUGCUGCAUUCCGAGCACGAUUCUACACAGAACCAGAGAUGCCUGAGAACCAGAAAUCACGAAGCACAAGAAUGGCAAACAGUUCUGCGGUGAAGCCACUACCAGCACUAAAAGAGAAAGUGAAGAGGGUGAUGUUCUACUGCUGAUAUCAACAUAAGAGAGGUAGAAAAAACCAGUAGCAUGUACAUGAAUGUCGUGUUUAUAUUGUAGAGUUUAGUUGAUACUAACUCUGUAGACAAUCUUCAACCUAAUCGAGGAAUGCAAGAUCAGAGGAGGGAUUUGUUUUUGUCAUUCUGUACCUGAUGCCAGGAGAUAAUGUAUGCCACAAUUCCUGUUCAGUUCUUGUACAAUGAAAAACUUCUGCUAAUUUCCGCUGUAAUAGUGCUGUAUAUAUUUUGAACUCAUGUGAACAAUGAAUUUCUAUUCGGUAUUGAAUCUGAUUUGUGUUGAA